CGGUUUUCAAUGGUCUCCCUCUCGCUCCCUCGCAUCACACAACACAGCUGCAUCAUUUGAUCUGCUAGCUGUUAGCUGCUUCCUGCUAGCUGCUCGUACUCUCCUCCCCGUUCUGCCCACCGAACGGACACAGCCAUCACGCGCACUCCUUGAUCGCGCAGCACACAAACGUGUUCAGCCCUCACAGCCUCGUUCCCCUCAACGACUGCAGUCAUCGCAUCGUCGCCGCAGUUUGAAAGACAGCUCACCGAAAGAGCAGCUCUCUGAAAUGGCUGUAUCUGUUCCUCGUAGAUUAUCCUCUCCCUUAGGUCUGAACCCUGCGACUGCCGGCGUGCCGUCCUGCCGGCCUUCCUCUUAUCAAGGGCCCAACCGCCCAAAUCGAGCGUCCUUUGGGCAACCGGCCCUCUCCGCAUCGUUGGCCGGGCACCGCCAAUCCAACAACUUAUUCGCGGAAUGCACACCAGCAGCCCUCCUCAAUUCGUCGCACUCGUCGCACGCUACGUCGCACUCCUUCGCCUCCACCGCCAACUCUCGUCGCCAUGUGUCGCACGCCGUUCGCUGCGAGGCUCCCGCGAGCACGGGUUCUGAGCGCGAGCAGCAGCAGACCCAGCAGCAGCCGCUGCUCGUCGUACCUCCGUCGUUCGAUUACAACGAGAAGAUGAAACGGCAGAUGGCGAACCCGUACGAGUACCACCACGAGCUCGGUAUCUACUACACGCGCGUGCAUCCCAAAAUCAUCGUCGGAUCGCAGCCGCAAACUCCCGCCGACAUCGACCGAUUAAAGACAUCCGAAGACGUGCAGGUGAUACUUAAUCUCCAGCAGGACCACGAUAUAACCUACUGGGGAAUCGACAUCGACAGUAUCAUCCGACGGUGCAGGGACCUGUCCGUGCAGCAUUUCAGGUGCCCCGCGGUUGACUUCGACCCGCACUCGUUACGCCGCGAACUUCCGCGAAUGGUCGCCGUGAUCGCGAAAGCCGUCGCGGAGGGGAAAACUGUCUACGUUCACUGCACCGCGGGCCUCGGCCGGUCCCCAGCCGCUGUUAUCACGUACCUCUUCUGGUUCUCCGAGCCGCAGGUUGACUUGAACUCGGCGUACGAGCGCGUUACAUCUCUCCGGCCGUGCGGUCCGAAGAAGGACGCGAUCCGUGGCGCGACGUACGACUUGGCGAAGAACAGCCCGUACCAGCCGCAGUUCGAGCAGCUCCCGGACUUCGCGUUCAAUGACGUGGCGCAGUGGGAGAGGGACCUCAUCCGGCAACGCGUGUGGGCCAUUGCGUAGUGGCACAGCCGCAGCUCCAAGCUCCAGCAGCAGCAGCAGCAGCCGCAGUCGCAGCAGCAGCAGCGGCAGCGGCUGCAGCAGCAGCGCGACUGUGACUGACACGUCAGAUAGCGUUCUAGGCUAUGGUUGGGGUUGUAUGUACUAGCCCAAGCCAGGGGCGUCUAAGCGCCCGGUAGGGGCUCUAUUCCGCUACGGGUUCAGAUCGUGCUCUUGUAGGACUAGCAACUCAGCAGCUGUCGUGGCCGCUCUCGCUCAGCAGUAAGGGGGCUCGUCUCCCGUUUCUAUUCCUUUAAGUUGCCCCCACAACUCCUGAUUUUCCGGCGGUUGCUGAUAGCGCCAAUGCCUGAAAUGUGCUGGGGUGACUAGGGCCACCGGGCGAGUAGAGAGUCUGGCAGGGCGCAUGGCAGCCACCAUGCUAGAAUUAGGUUCAAGAUCCGCCAUGGCUUGUGGGCAGAGCUGCAGCAGCCGCGUGGGACAAGAUUACCUUGGGAUGCGAAACGAGCUGCUGUUGGGGAAUCUUCGGUCCCAUGCGCAUCCCCCCCGUUCCCUUGGAGGCAGGAGCCUGGUUUUGAUCGGACUCAGAUGGACAAGGCUGCCGGGAGAAUGGCCUGCUGAUGGGGGGUGCUGCCAACGGGAGCAUUGGACGCUUGGAGAUCCCUUUCAUGGGUAAGGUGCCUUAGUGUACUAGGUUGACAGUUAUGUACUAGAUUAAAGCUUGUGUUCGAUG